AUGUCCAGCCCAAGUCGAAUCUUGCGGACCAAACCCUCAUCUUGUAUAUCUCACCCUCUUAUUGAAACAUGGCCAGAACUUCCACUCCCAAUGCACCCAUCUGUAACCCCCUUCUUCUUUCCUCCCCUUGACCAUGUCUGGCCUCCAUCUCCGUGA